UGCACUACCCUGUUGUAAUGGAUGUAUUUUUCUUCAGCAAUACUACCCACUAUAAAACUUGAACCUCAAACAUGCAUUGUCAUUUUGGUCUUAAGGAAUAUGCAGUUAUAUUGUCAAGAUCAUAUAUGAGCAGCACAAUUUUGAAUAAGCAUGAACACAUGAGUACAUAUGUUGAAUAAUACAUAGUACAUGGGUCAUGUUAACAUUUACCCACCAUCUUUGCAAUCUCAAUUAUUGUACAUUUGAGAAUAAAUCUAUCAAGCAUUAAUCGAUCCAUGUCGUUAUUCUCAAACAUUAUGGGGCAGUUUCCUGGACAGGGCUUAUCCUAGUCCCAGACUAAAAUCCAUGUUUGAGCUGGUUUAAUUUGAGAAUAUCUUGCACUGACAUAUCUUAACAUAGAUUGUUUUGUCUCAAGAUGCACACCAGUACUGUUUUUUGUAAGGUAUGUUUGUAAAAACUACUUAAAUGUCCUAAUAUAACAUAAGGCCUAGUCCUGGAUUAAUCUAAACCCUGUCUGGGAAACGACCACUAUGUGUUUUGGAAAUUCUCCCAUGAUCUAACUUUGAAAAAACGUCUUGUGUACCCAAGGUGAAAUGCAACUGUGUAAUAACAUACACCAGAGCUUUAAGGUUCUGGUUAGCACCUGAGACCCGGCAGAUUUUAAGGGAUGUCUUCACAGAGCAAAUCCAGUGAGCCAGAUGAAGCAAAUGAUUCUUGUGAACUUAAGCAAAAAAUAUCCAAGAAAAGAGACCUUGGCAAGAAGCGAGCCCAAAGUCCCAGGGUCAGUCGAAGCCUACGUAAGAAGAUUCAAAGGUUCCUCCAAGGCUCAGGGGAGUGCACUACCUUUGACUCUGAGCAAUCUCCUGUGGAGAUAGAAGAUGACAUGUUUAUAUGUGGCAUAAAAAGAAAUCCCUCUCGUCAAGAGUGCAGUGUCUCAACUCAACGUAGUUUUGAAAGUCAUGCUACGACCCACAAAAGUACCUUUAUUGGACAGGUGGAGCUUAACAGUGAGGGUAAUGUCACAAUCCCAUGCAUCAUGGGGAAGAAAGGACCUGCAGAUCAAGCAGAGGACAGUGGUUCUGACUGUGCUGAUGGAAGUCGUGCCAUGGAUAUUAAACAAUGCAGUAAAAACAAAGAAAAAGAUGCAAAAGGAGGAGGCACAAGCACCAUAGUGGAGCACAUCUUGAAGGAACUGCAGGGGAUUAAUAAAAUCCAAGAGGAGAUUUCAGACUUGAGACAAUACCUGACAUCUGUAAGUGGAUCAGUGGAUGAGGUGUCCUGUUGUGUAGAUGCUGUGUUGAUGGAAAUUGAGGAGAUGUACUCAGUUGGUGCUGCCGGGAACCCAUCACCUCAAAGACAUGUGGCUCAUCAAAGGAGCCCUGGGAGGCAAACUGCCAUUGCCGUGUCUAAGAGUAGAAAUAACAGUCCAGUAGCAAAGCAAAGAGAAUUGGAUAAGAAUAAAAGUAGAUCUCCAGUGGCCAGGACUAAUAUAUCAGAUUGGGAUGCACCAACUAACUAUCAGAAUGCACCUCCAAGAGCCAAAUUACAUCCUGACAUCUCUAAGAGAACUUCCAGAGUUAAGAAGUCUCGCUACAGUUACCAUGAGCGAGUUUAUAAGCAGGAGUUUACAAGCAAUAGCUCCAUGUCCUCUGGUCAUAGUUCAAACAGCCGGAAUCAAGAAGGUAGUUAUAAUUCUAGAGAUGUUGACCAGCAAAGUGUUGGGUGGAGAAGUUCAGAAAUGCAGCUAAGCACAAGUGGAGAAGGAGGAUGGAGUGGAGACACUGGAUGGUGUGAGGAAGAUUACUGCUCCUGUCAAAACAGUGCAGAAGAACUGGAAAAUGACACGCAUUCCGAGAUAUGGUAUAGGUACAAUGGUGGCGAGACCAGCAGCACUCCGGGUCAUUCAUCACGUAGCAGCUCUGAACACCUCUCCCUGCUUUUUGGAAACAAUAAUGACUCACCAUCCAGUUCAUCUAGUGUUGCUGAUUGGAGGCAUGCCAAAAAACCCACUCUGAGUGAUGUUGGAUGUGACUGUACAUCGAAUUGCAUGUAUUCACGAAGUUCAGGUUACCACACCAUGGAUGCAUAUGCUGAUGAAUCAUGCAGUGGACCAUCUCGUAGCCUUAGUUGUUCAACGAUUGGAAUGGCAGACUACAGUGAUGCUUGCCAAAAUGUAGACUCUUCUUGCGAACAUUGCAUUUGUGAAGACCGUUUGGAUAUGGAGUGGCCAGAGGGUGUGUGCCCAAGUGCUUCUGAAGAUCACCUUAAUCCAGAUUACUCUGAGAAUACUGACUCUGAAGAAUCCCAACCAUCUAAUAGACAGUACGAUAUUGUAAAGGUCAAUAAAGCCGUGUUAACUUUCCAUUCGGCUCUAAGGGGAGCCCUGAUGAAGCUUGACAACCCUGAAUCCCAGAGACCAAAUGAAGACACCAAGUAUGCAGUUUUCAAAUCAAGUGAACUUCAAAGCUCCACUUUUGAUGAAUCCCAUUUAAGCAAUAUUGUUCCUUCUGAUCUCAGUGGGUCACCCCAAAAGAGCAGUGAGGUAUCUUUCCAUGGGACAGAUGAGCUGGAAUUACAGAACCAACCACAUAGUUUUCAAUCUUUUGAUCCUCUAGUAUCUACUCCAAGCACUGUCUCCUCUUCACAUACGCCAACUGAAUACUGCCUAGUGGACCAUUUGGACAAGGUGGAUGAACCUCUGACAGAUCUGCGGUGUAUUCCAGAGGUCAGCCCAAAACAUGUGCAUCUGAAUUCAGAUAACGAAGAUCACGUGGCAUGCAACAAUGAAAUAAACCCUGAGGGCACGAAUUCAGAAUUAUCAGAGACAGAUGUUAAUACAAAACAGGCGGAGCAUAGCUUUGACAAUGACACCGCCCUUAUAGAUCCUCACCACCAAAAGUGCCUUGCCAAUAUUCAACGUGUUCUCAAAGAGAAAAGACAUCAACACAGACAAUCCAGGAUUGCCAAUGCCUCAAAGAGCACAUUCUCUGAAGAGGAUUUUAAACAAGGUACAACUCAAAAUUUAUCUUUACAUUUGGGUCAGCCAUUAGUAAGCUUAACAAUGUUUUGCUGUAGCCUUGGCUAAAUUUAAAACUCAACGUAUUGUUUUCCUCUUAUGUGCUCUGUUUUACAGAGGGAAGCAGGGAAGAUGAUCAGGUCCUGAUUAUGUUUUGAUCAAUUCCUAGCCAUUGUUUUUCAAUAAUGUCAAUUUUUCUUUGCUUCUCAUCCCAAGUCUCUGUGAACGCAUAUUCUUCAUUAUAGCAUAUGAUAAACAUACGAGUUUGCUUUCAAUUAUGCUACAUACAGAGGACCUCUAACUUUAACAUCCAAUGAUUUGUGUCCUGUAAUGCUUCUGUUACAUCAUUUGCUAUUUUUAUGUGGUAUGCCAUCUUUUAAAUGUAUUUGAAAUGAUAUUUUUGGUCUUGCUCCAUUGUUGCUUAUAUAGCAGUUGAAGCAAAUCACAUGCUCUUAGGAAACUAUACAGCCAUACUUCUGUUUAUCUGUGGAAGGAUUUUUUUAAGCCACCAGUCAAAUGGUUAACUUCAGAUGGAUAACAAAGAUUAUGCAUUUUUAGCUGUUUUUUCAUUACUGUAUACUGUAUAUGGUCAGAUGUAAAACCCUCUAAGUGCGUCUGACGUGUUUUCUUGUAAGUUUCUUGUAAGGUUCAGUAAUUUUACUCUAUUGGCCAUUAAAAAAAGAUUGUCAGUCAGUAAUUAAAAUGCCUUAUUUUCACAAAUGUCAUUUCAUUAGUAAUUGAAACAAAUUUGACUGUCUUUCGCUGCAAAACACUUUAAGUGCAUGCAGGCUUUUUGGCAUAAACAUCCACUUAAAAAAUUCCACUUCUUUGGACAAGACAAAGUAAAUCGUUACAAAAUCACUAAAGAUGCAACUAGAAACAAUGCAAAUGAUGAAAGUCAAA